AAUGUAAGCUUUAUUGAUACCGGUGAAUUUUACAUCUUGGAUUGGGAGAGCUUCAUAAUACCCAAUGCAUUUAAAUCCAGUCCGCAAUUUCUCCGGAGUAAAAGCGCAAAUAAAGCACCGGUUGGCCAAAAAUUGUGAGGUGGCCCCCACGGAUCUCCCUCCGCAUGCAGGGCGGGCCUUUUAUCCACUGCUGCUACAGGGAUACCAAGAUGGAAAUCCAGGGGCUCUCCGAUGCCCAAAACAUUCACAGUCAACAUGGCGCCCUACGUGGAACUGGCUCAUCCUCGCUGAGCGCUACAACUGAGACACCGUCUUACGCAAUUUGCAGAGAUAACGAUGCGGGGGGAUUUGUGGAACUACACGGGCCCCAAAGUGAUAAGGGCGACGGGCCGAUCGGAGCUUCUCCAUUUUGCCCGCUGGUGGCAAAUGGCAGCGGGACCCGCCGGCGUAUUUGCAAACAUGAAGAGGACGACGAACACGACCCCGAACCCGGUGAUGUUGGAUUCGGUAACGUGAAGGCACCGUCGCUUCAACUUGAGUUCUCCAAACCCGCGUUCAGACGUGACAGAAGGAGCGGAGACACCAUAUUGCAAAUGGCGUUGCCUCCGUCCGAGGGGGGAGAGCAGCGCUCGCAACAGCGGCGACUUCUGUCUCCGGUUUUACGGCAGCAUCGCGAAGACGGCGCCUCCCAGCAGCAGCAGCAGAAGCCGUCGUCGCUAGCGGCCGAGAGGAACGCAGCUGACCGGGGGAGCAGCAACAACACGGGCAGGGCAAACACAAACACCGAGGAUUUCUAUGUCGUUUUCAACGUCGUCCAAAAGGAUGGCAGCGGGGAAACGAGCAAACACCGAGCGGACGCGCUAUCUGAGAGCGGCGAUAAGAUGAGAGGCGAACGCAAAGACGGUUGUAAAAUUAGUCCCCGCGGAGGCUCCAUGGAGGUUGAGAAUGCCGAUAUCCUUGUCGUGUCGUCGGAUGAAAACUUGGACUGCCUCGAAGCAAAGAAGGACUUGAGAAAAUCCGAUGAUGUGUGCAACUUUUUAGGCGAAGAAUCGGCUGAAGGGGGGGAGGCGGCGGUUACAGAGAACGCUAAACAGACCGUCGAAGGUGUUGUUCUACCCAACGAACAUGGCGAUGGGAGUCGUGUCCAAGUAUGCACUGUAGGCAAAGACAGAUUGACCGGCGAGCUUUCCUUACAGCCUCGAGAUAAUAACAAUGUUAAUAACAACAACAAUUACAACGACGAUGGCUGCACUUUGGUCGCUGAAAACGCAUGCAUCGUGAAAGCCGUCAACAUGGGCGACGCCAUGGACACUUCCGACUUGAUUUCCGACGCAGUCGGGCUCCAGCAGAACACAAACGCGGACAUGGCCACGGCGAGUGCCGCCGCCAGCGAAACCUUCUCGGGAACUAUCAUGAUAAACAACCAAAGCAUCAUAGUGACCAUUGAAAACGGCAUAUUAACGCUUGCAGCCCCGCCCGAGGGCUACGUCCACAAAGAUGAUGACAUGAUCAGCCUUAAGGAACAUUUGGGCAUGAAAGACCACGAGGAUAUUGUUCUUCUUAAUUACGACAGUGGUACUAAAUCUAUAGGUAAAAUCAGCACUCUCGGGGUGUCUGGCUCUGGACAACAUGAGGAUCCGCGGCCCAGCUUGUCCGUGAGCGACUCUGACUUGACCCUGGUGGAUGACUGUUCGUUGUCCGAGCUGGGCACCUCUCUGGACCCCUGUCCCAUCGUCAAGCAGGAGACGGGGACACUAUGUGCCAUAACAGAGGGUGAUUUGGUUGCUCACUCUCCUAAAGCCACGGUCGCAAGCUGUGAUGACAGUGACUUACAGUCUGUGCAUCUGGUCAAGUCCAAGAAGGAGACAAUGGAGUCUUUUGGCUGUCCCGAACUAGGCUGCUCUUGUGCGUUUGCCACACGCCAGAAACUGAAAAUUCACCUUCUCCUUAACCACGCUGAGGACCCUCGACCCUACCAGUGCACUGUCGAGGGCUGUGGCUGGGCUUUCGCCACCUCCUACAAGUUGAAGCGCCACCUCCAGUCCCAUGACAAGCAGAGGCCACACACCUGUCAGUUUGAGGGCUGCGGCAGGCGUUUCACCACCAUAUACAACCUGAAAGCCCAUGUCAAAGUGCAUGAUCAGGAGAAUGCCUUCGUCUGUGAGAUCUGUAACAAGAGGUUUCGCAGUGCCACACGACUCACCAAUCACCAGAGGGUCCACUUUGAGCCCCAGAGGCCCUACAAGUGUGAAUUUCCAGGUUGCGAAAAGACCUUCAUCACCUUUAGUGCCCUCUUUUCCCACAACCGCACGCACUUCAGAGAGACGGGCCACUUCACCUGCACUUACCCGGGCUGUGACAAGACAUAUGACAAGGCUUGCCGCCUCAAGAUCCACAUGCGAAGUCACACAGGUGAAAGGCCAUUUGUCUGUGACUCAGAAGGUUGUGGCUGGUCUUUCACCUGCAUGUCAAAGUUGCUCCGUCACAAACGGAAGCAUGAUGAUGACCGUCGCUUCACCUGUCCAGAGGAGGGUUGUGGGAAGUCUUUUACCCGGGCGGAGCAUCUUAAAGGCCACAGUAUCACCCACCUGGGCACCAAGCCCUUCCAGUGCCAUGCAGAAGGCUGUAAUGCCAAGUUCUCAGCACGUAGCAGCCUCUAUAUCCACUCCAAGAAGCAUAAACAGGAUGCCAGCACCCUGAAAACACGUUGCCCUAUGGCCAACUGCUCCAAGCACUUCUCCUCACGCAGCAGCCUUAAGAGCCACAUGUUCAAACACCACCACCUCAGUGCUGAUGUUCUGAACCAGAUGGAGACUACACCCACACUGACCCCAAGCAGUGAGCUCAUCAGCUCUACUCCAGCAACUGUUGCAGGGCCAGCCAUGACUGGGACUGACCAGCUGACCAACUUGGACCUCAGCUCCCUUUUCUCCAGUGUGCCAGGGGGUUCUGCAUCUACACCGGGCAUUGGGAUGGGUGGGCCCAUAGGUGGAAGCAGCACACCUGGCACCUUCACUAUGGAUCUCUCCUUGGUCAGCUCAGGCAUCCUCACCAUCGACCCUUCCUCAGUGGGCACCACGCUGGGCACUAGCACGAGUGCCAACUUGGCAAAGGCUUUGGACCCUCUCAUUCUAGCAACCAGCUCUGACAUCGGCCCCCAUCAUGGGCUGGAGGGGACAGUCGGAGAUGUUCUGCCCCCUCAAGGCACCCUCAACCUGGAUGAUGUGCAAACGGUCACCCCGGAGGCCUUGGGAAACCUUAGUGCCCUCACUAUGCAGGGUGCUGGUGCCUCUGUAGACCAUGCGCUCUCUCACCCUCUGAGCUCAGAGCCCACAGCUUCCUUGGCUGUAGCCCCUGUAGCAGAGCUGCUGUCCUCUCCGUCCAAGGUGGUGGAGGUGGGUGGGCAGGGUGGAGCGGGACCUCUGCUGGGCUGUGUGGAGGUACUUGGCCCGCAGGAGGGGGGAAAGGUUCUCACUCAGUUUGUCUUCCCUGGUCACAGCAGCUUCAGCCCACAGAAAGACACGGAGCUUAAUGCAGUGUCACCGAGCAGCUUCCUGGACAGUGGAGGCUCAGCUAGGACUGACUACAGAGCCAUCCAGUUGGCCAAGAAGAAGAAGCAGAGAGGCCCUGCGCUCUGCUCUGGGAGCUCAGGCUCUGGUCAGAGGAAAGGUAAAGGAGGGAAGGCCGCCAGCAUCUCGACCUCAUUGGCGCCCUCUGGCGCUCGUUACAGUGAAGGUGUCACCACAGUAAAUGGGGGGUUGACUCUCAGGGACCCUGUCACCGGGGCCCAGUAUGUUCAGAUCCAGCUGCUGCAGGAUGACCCAGCUAGUGAUGGGGACUUGCCUUUCCAGCUAAGCUCACAGCCCUCAAGCUCUCAUUCCCAGCUCACUGUUGACCUGCCUGUCAACAUCUUGCAGGAGCCUUCAGCAAUGACAGAGGAUGACAGCGGUUCUGACAAUUCCCAGUUCACAGGGAGCACCAUCAACCUGCAAGAUCUGGAAUGAACCCACUAUGCUAAGGGGUCGAGGCUCGGUUGUUCCAGGAUGUGUCAGG